CCCUAUUAAAAAUAUAAUAUUUUAUGUUAUAAGAUGAAAACCCAUCUUAAUCUAGUUACAUAGUAAAGAGUUACAGUGGGUGAAGAUCUAAGAAGCAUUUAGAUUUGGAAAAUUUUUAAAGAUGUAGCAAGUCAGCUGGCAAUAGUCAAUGGAUUUUGGAACCAGGUGCCCAUGUUCUUCCAUGCAUACUCAUUCGCCACCUUCAUUUCUCUAAGCUUCAUUGCAGCUUCUCUCCCUCUGUCUCUCUCUAUAUAUAAACACGAACCCACCUUCUGAUUCAUCAUCAAUAUCAAAUUCAAAUUUCUUAUCUUCAAAAGCUUUUGAUUCUUAGCUUAAAUCCCCUGGUUCUACCCAUUUAAAGAAAGAGAGAAGGAAGAUGAGUGUGGAAGUUUUGGACGGUGCCACCAUUGUGAACUUCGUGGAGGACGAAGAAGCGUUCACUGUAUCAGUACGUGACCGUUUUGAUGACCUUGAUACAGACCAAGAUGGUCUUCUUUCCUAUGCAGAAAUGUUGAAGGAGUUGCAGAGUCUGAGGGUUUUCGAGACUCAUUUUGGAAUAGAUGUGAAGACAGACCCAGAAGAGCUGGCUCGAGUGUACGGUUCUCUGUUCGAGCAGUUUGAUCAUGACUUGAGUGGGAGAGUAGAUUUGGAGGAGUUCAAGGAAGAGACGAAGCAGAUGAUGCUGGCCAUGGCUAAUGGGUUGGGUUUCUUGCCUGUUCAGAUGGUGUUGGAAGAAGACAGUCUCUUGAAGAAGGCUGUGGAGAGGGAGUCUGCUUCUGCUUCUGCUGCUGCUUAAAAUUUUUGCAAUGCUCUGCUUGCUAUUUGCACUGCAACUCCAUUAUCUAUUUUCUUUUCUGUGCUUUCGUCUAAUUCUAGUUCUCCUUGUUGUCUUCAAUAUUCUUUUUUCCGUACAUGCCAAUCUUAAAGAAUGUUUACCAUCGAAAAUUGUUCUGUAAUUGAGGCCACCAAAUUUCUUACAAAUAAAGAGAUAUUGUUCUAGUAAAUUUAGGUUUUUUUAUUUUUUAUUUUUUAAAAAAAAAAAGAAGAAAAGACAAA